UUUCAUUUCCAUUUCUAUUCUCGUUUCUUCGCUUCGUCCUCUUCUUUUCCCCCUUGGCUCCACCACUUCACCUUUUUUCGAACCCCCAAAGUCCAUUCCGCGUUCUGCCACAAUCAACCUUCUCCAAUCGUAACCAAACAAAUCCACCACAAACUCACUCAUCAACGACCACCAUCACACACCUCUCCCUCUCCCCUUUUCUCUUUCCCUUUACUCUGAUCAUUUGCAUUUCUCAGCAGAUGCUUGUUGUUGGUGGAAUACUAGUUUUCCAUCAAUGAGAGCGGCGCCGAAACACGAACGGCGCUGGGCGUCCGAUUCGGUUCCUGGAAAUGCCAAGAUUAUGAGCUCAGGAUUAUCAUCUCCAGGAACCGAAUCCAGUGCGGCGGAGGAGUUUGUUGAGGUUACUCUUGAUCUACAAGAUGACGAUAGAAUCAUUUUGCGGAGUGUUGAGCCGGCUACGGUUAUAAACGUUGAUAACGCUGUUUCUGUUGGUUCUGAAACUCCUAAGUCUGCUUCGAUUUCGAGAUCGCCGACGUUUAAACGGAGUUCGUCGAGUCUGUUGCGGCAAUUUUCGCAGGAAUUGAAAGCGGAAGCGGUUGCUAAAGCGAGGCAGUUCUCGCAGGAGUUGAAGGCUGAGUUGAAGCGGUUUUCGUGGAGUCAUGGACAUUCUUCUGGUGGUGGAAAUGGAUUUGACUCCGCUUUGGCUGCUCGAGCUUUGAGGAAGCGACAAGCUCAGCUUGAUCGCACUCGUUCUGGUGCUCAUAAAGCGCUUCGCGGCUUGAGAUUCAUUAGUAGUAAGAGCAAUGGCGUUGAUGCUUGGAACGAAAUACAGAGCAACUUCGAUAAGCUCGCCAAGGAUGGAUUCCUCUACCGCUCCGAUUUUGCACAAUGUAUAGGAAUGAAAGAUUCGAAGGAGUUUGCUCUGGAACUGUUCGAUGCUUUGAGUCGAAGACGGAGAUUGAAGGUCGAGAAAAUCAGUAAAGAAGAACUGUUCGAGUUUUGGUCACAAAUCACCGAUCAAAGUUUCGAUUCGCGGCUGCAGAUCUUCUUUGACAUGGUCGACAAAAACGAAGACGGCCGAAUUACCGAAGAAGAAGUGAAAGAGAUUAUUAUGCUGAGUGCUUCCGCAAACAAGCUAUCAAGGUUGAAGGAACAGGCAGAGGAAUAUGCGGCCCUCAUCAUGGAGGAGUUGGACCCCGAAAGGCUAGGCUAUAUUGAGCUGUGGCAAUUGGAAACCCUUUUGCUACAAAAGGAUACGUAUCUGAACUACAGUCAAGCCCUCAGCUAUACUAGCCAAGCAUUGAGCCAGAACAUACAGGGACUAAGGAACAAAAGCCCCAUAACAAGGAUAAGAACAAAACUGCUCUACUAUUUGCAGGAGAAUUGGAGGAGAAUAUGGGUGCUAACGUUAUGGAUCAUGAUAUUGGUUGGGCUUUUCACGUGGAAGUUCUUCCAGUACAAGCAUAAGCAAGCCUACAACGUCAUGGGUUACUGUCUCCUAACGGCUAAGGGUGCGGCUGAGACCCUGAAGUUCAACAUGGCUAUCAUUUUGCUGCCCGUAUGUAGAAAUACCAUCACUUGGAUAAGGUCGACCAGGCUGGGAUUUUUUGUACCAUUCGACGACAAUAUCAAUUUUCAUAAGACGAUUGCCGCAGCUAUUGUAGUUGGUGUCAUUCUCCAUGUAGGGAACCACCUUGCCUGUGAUUUUCCAAGACUCGUACAGUCAACAGAUGAAAACUAUAAUUAUGUGAAGGGUUACUUCGGACCAGACAAGCCUACCUACCUAGACUUGGUUAAGGGAUGGGAAGGUGUGACUGGUAUACUAAUGGUCAUCUUGAUGGCAGUAGCAUUCACUCUAGCUACCCGAUGGUUCAGGAGGAGCCUGAUUAAGCUGCCCAAGCCGUUUGAUAGACUGACGGGUUUCAAUGCCUUCUGGUAUUCACACCACCUGUUUUUCAUUGUUUACGUCUUGCUCGUCAUCCAUGGCAUAUUCCUCUACCUCGAACACAGAUGGUACCGUAAGACAACUUGGAUGUAUCUUGCUGUCCCAGUUUUACUAUAUGCUGGGGAAAGGACCCUUAGAUUCUUCCGCUCAGGCUUUUACAGCGUUCGACUCCUUAAGGUUGCUAUUUACCCGGGAAAUGUUCUUGCAUUACAAAUGUCUAAACCUCCUCAGUUCCGUUAUAAGAGUGGGCAGUACAUGUUUGUCCAAUGCCCCGCUGUCUCUCCAUUUGAAUGGCAUCCGUUUUCGAUUACUUCUGCUCCAGGGGAUGACUAUCUGAGUGUUCAUAUACGGCAGCUGGGUGAUUGGACACAAGAGUUAAAGAGGGUAUUUGCUGAAGCUUGUGAGCCACCAGUUGCUGGGAAGAGUGGGUUGCUCAGGGCUGAUGAAACUACCAAAAAAUGUUUGCCGAAGCUCUUAAUAGAUGGACCUUAUGGUGCACCUGCACAAGACUACAGAAAUUAUGAUGUUCUAUUACUUGUUGGUCUUGGUAUUGGAGCAACACCUUUCAUUAGCAUUUUGAAAGAUUUGCUUAACAACAUUGUCAAAAUGGAGGAGCAGGCAGAUUCAAUAGCAGAUGGCGGUAAAGAGUCAGACCUCAGUUUUGGAAGCACGGAUUCUUCCUCGUCUGCUAGGGUUUCUCCCAAGCGAAAGAAGAUUCUGAAGACAACUAAUGCUUACUUUUACUGGGUAACUAGGGAGCAGGGAUCGUUUGACUGGUUCAAAGGGGUCAUGAAUGAAGUCGCUGAGAUGGAUCAAAGGGGUGUCAUUGAGAUGCACAACUACCUAACCAGUGUGUACGAAGAAGGAGACGCUAGAUCAGCCCUCAUUACGAUGGUCCAAGCACUAAAUCAUGCAAAGAAUGGAAUGGAUAUUGUUUCUGGCACCAGGGUAAGAACUCAUUUUGCAAGGCCCAACUGGAAGAAAGUUUUCUCCAGAAUUUGUUCGAAGCAUUGUAGUGCCAAAAUCGGAGUAUUCUACUGUGGAGCACCAAUACUUGCAAAAGAACUUAGCAACCUUUGCUAUGAAUUCAAUCAAAAGGGCCCAACUAAGUUCGAUUUUCACAAAGAACAUUUCUGAGGAAAUAGACUACGGUACACAAAAACCGACUCUUCUACCCCAUAUAUUCCUAACUCCAACUUACUUCUCCCCGUAUAUUUGUUCUAUACCUGGAAGGCCCCUUGCCACGAGUUAGAAAUAUCGUACUGUACAGUUUUGACAGGAAAGAAAACAGAAAAAAAAAAAAGCCUCCAAAAAAAAAAAAAAGAAUACUUAGGAAAAGGAGAGUACAUGUAUAAAAAUAAUGAGACCUUAGGCAUUUAGUACUUGGUACUACCGCGAAAAUUCCUGGUGGUUGAAGAGACGAACCUUGGGUGGGAGUUGAAAAUUAUCAUUGCCUUGUGGCCUGUCUAUUAAAGUGAUGGGAGGUAAUGGACCUGUGAUGUCAUGUUGUUAGGAGUCCCAAAUGUGGUACAGCUGCAAUGAACUAGUUGGUUGAUGAUGACCCAAUUGGAAAGUGAUUUGGGUGGUGGACAAUUUUGAAAUACAGAAAGCUAGAAUACUACUCUAUAUGUGGUGGGGAGUAGAUUAGUAUUUUGGGUAUUCUCAUCUGCUCAGCCUUUUCUUUUCUACCAUGUUGUUUUGUUUUCUUUUCCAAACUAAGCUUAUAAGCCUUUAGGAAUCCAUCUAGGUUGUCAUUGCUGGCGCUGAGUUUCAGCUUUGAUUCUAUUUAAUUUAUUUAGAAUAAAAACAGGGUUGUAAUUUGUAAAUGUAAAUGGGUUAUAUUAUAUUUUGCUCAUCAAUCGGUGAUUUUGUAUCUA